AUGGAUGAGCAAGAACUAGCUCAUGAACUGAAAAGGAGAUUACAGAGAAGGAGGUACCUCAUUGUUACAGGCGACAUAUGGAAGACUGACGCGUGGGAUGAUUUGAAGAUGUGUUCUACAGAUGACAACAAUGGAAGCAGAAUUAUCAUGACAACCCCGCUCAACGAAGAAUUCUUGGCAAGAUUGAGGUUUAAACCAAACAAUGUGAUAGGGGAUAAAGCAAACAACUGGAAUCGUGUGGCAGACGGUUUAAGUUCCAAGAGACAAUUUGUACUAUCAAGGCCUAGCGGGACAACUAUGCACUCUCUGAUAUUCCAUGCUGCAAGAUGUGCCUUUCGAGGUGAGGCAAUCAACAUAUCAUUUGUUUGCCACAACUUCAAGUUGCUGAAAGUGUUGGAUUUAGAGUACAUUAACAUAGGUAACCGGUUUGCUGAGGAAAUGUCAUCGCUAGUCCAUUUAGAAUUCUUGGCAGCUCGAGAUGGAAUGCAAUCAAUUCCAUCAUUAAUUGUCAAUCUUGAGAAACUAAAGACAAGUGAAAUUUCUGCGAUUAGUGCAUUUCAGAACAUUCUAGGGUGA